AUGGGCAAGCGUGAACAAGUUGUGAUCCGAGCCAUGUCGAGAUUCUGCCGUCGUUAUUUGUAUUGUGUGUGACCGCGGAUAGGACAGCACCAGUUCAAACCUUUUCUACUUUCGUUCUACUAUCUUUGAACCGUUACUUACAUAUACUGCGAUUAGACUGGAAACAUUAGUAUAGUGCUGUCAGGUGUUGUCAUGGAGGCUGACGAGGAUCCGGACAUCAUUGAAGUAAUGCAACGAAAACCCGAGGAUCCGGCCGGUGACAUCGUUGUGUACGAAGUGCACGAUAGUGACUCUGAGUGUUCCGGUGGUGCUGAUGAAUCUUCAGUCCUUAUCGACGACUCAUCUGCUAUUGCUGAUGAUCCGUCUGUCCUGGAGAUUGUGGACUCCGAUGAAGAGCCAGGGAACACACAUCUGUCAGGCAUAGUGACGUCCAUGAGACGCGUGAGUAUACCCUCAUCAGUUGCUGCAGAAGUACCAGCUCAGGCACCUCAAGCAAGAUGUGAAAUGAUGACACUGGUUAGCUGGAAUGUUGAUGGACUGAAUCAGCAAUACCUGCAUCAGCGAAUCAGAGCUGUUUGUGAUCAAAUCUUGAGGUUGGAUCCAGACGUGGUCUAUUUGCAAGAGGUCGUACCUGAGAUCGAGCCUAAGAUCAGGGACAGUUUUGCAAGGUAUCGGUACAUACCUGGUGACUCGCAAGGCUACUACGUUGUGACACUGCUGAAGGAGGACACGGUGAAGUGCAAGACUCACACCGUCUCUCCAUUCUCGUCCACCAAAAUGGAACGGCACAUUGUACAGGCUGAGGCAACGUUCAACAACAAAGAUUUCAUCCUCCUCAACACCCACCUUGAGAGCAUGGGCUACUCCAGCGAAGUCAGACAAGUACAGCUUCGAAGAUGCUUUCGUCAAUGCAAGAAAGAAUCUUUGGGAAAGACAGUAAUCUUGGGAGGCGACAUGAAUCUGAGGGACAGUGAAGUUCACUCUUGCGGGGGUUUACCGGAAGACAUCCAGGAUGUGUGGACAGCAUGUGGUUCAGACCCAGACUUGUGCUACACGUGGGACAUGACAUGCAAUGACAACUUAGACUUUGGUAAAAAAGUCACUGCCCGCCUACGCUUUGACCGCAUAUAUGUUCGGCACUCAGAGCCAGCUCACUUAUUGCCAGUUUCUUUCAAACUUAUCGGACAGAAAAGACUGGAAACAGAACAGUGCUUCCCCAGUGACCACUGGGGUAUUGUCGUCCAGUUCAAGUGUUUGUGACCCUGGCAGGCUUUUUUUGUGUAAAUACCAUACCUACUAGACAGGCAGUGAGAAAAUGCUUUACCAUCACCAGGGUACCUUUACUUUCACACAAGCCACUCAUGCAGUUGCCAGCACAAUUGUAUAGCACCAGGAACUAUGCAACAAAGUAUGGCGCAAAGUGGCAGUGGCUGCUGUAUAACAAUGUGUGCUUUCUUUUUUUUUUAAAGUUAGACAGUGUUCCAUUGUGUUUCUUGUACGGCAUUGGUACACACAUGCUGAAAGAAAAUAGUUCGGACAGCUCAGUCCUGAAGGAGGCUGUCUUUGACACUUUACGCUGAGAACCAUUGUGCUUGUUCCUGGUGGCGUAGUUCAGUCAUAAUUUAUCAAAGAAGGCACGCUUUAGUAGAAGGCCUUGUACCUCGCUGUAAAUGAUGAAACUCAUCUUGACGAUUUCAUACUUCAGGGAAGUGGACAAGUGGCUCCACUCGUCACAUUCUUCCACGUGUACCUGACCUAGGCAUAUAUGGAUCUGCAGUCAGUGUAUUAGGCGUGGUCCUUAGUGGGUUAUUGAUAUCUUAUAAUUGUAGGUUGUUGCAGCAAUUUCAUUGUGAUCAAACAGGAGGCUUAAACAGUGCUCUUGUGUGAAUGUAUUGAUUUUAGAAGUACGGUGGCUGAUGUGCACAAAAAGAAGAGGGCAUAUAUUGAAAGACAAGACAGUGUUUCAUUAUGCAGACAAGAUAGACAAACAGUAUAUACUUACAAAAAGUUCUUGUGAAUGUGUGGCAGAGUAUAAUUAAGCCAGUUACAUUGGUGAAAAUGGUGCCUAUCUGUGAAACAUUGUUUAUAAAAAGAAAAGAAGUGAAAAAACUGCCAUAAGCACAAGCACAUGUUAACUGCCAAGGCAGGCAAACUUUGUAUCCUGUAAAGCGAGUCUAGCUUGAAUGAUGCACUUGUGAACAGAAUCAUAUGUGAAUGUUUUGAAUGUGAAAGUUACCUCUGCAACAAAUUAUCUUUUGUAGACAUUGCAACUGUCAAUAUGCGCAAGCAUUUAUGCCAUUGUCCUUUUGCUGUUGUAUCUUGUGGAAGAUGACAACAGUAAGCGUUUGUGGUAGAGCACUGUACACAUAGCGUGUGUUACUCUUUCUAAGCCAUCACAUUGUAUGCUUUCGUCAUCCUUACUUUUACCAAUGCAGUUCAAAGCUACAGUUCUUACAGUAUUCUGAUACUCAAGUUCUUUGUAUUUGUGUGUUUGUGUUAUAUUUUAAUACGUUAUCAUCAGAACUGUAGAGAUGAAAAGAAAUUGCCACUAGGCUAUUUUUGUUUUCACUUUU